UCUGUGGUCUAGUGUUGGCCCAUACCCCUGGCCUGUUUCAGGAGGCUCGGUGGGCCUAGCAGGCAGGAGUUUAAUAAUGUUUUUUCCCCUCCCUGUUCAAAAACCUUAUCGUCAAACCUGGAGGAGGCACCAGCCAGGGAGGGCUUGUCUGGCAUUUCACCCAACAGCGAACCUGGAGGAGGCCAGUGGAGGCUCAGGAAAUGACCGGGUGCGGAACCUGCAGAGUGAGGUGGAAGGAGUCAAGAAUAUUAUGACCCAGAAUGUGGAGCGGAUCCUGGCCCGAGGAGAAAACUUGGACCAUCUCCGGAACAAGACAGAGGACCUGGAAGCCACAUCCGAGCACUUCAAGACAACAUCACAGAAAGUGGCCCGGAAGUUCUGGUGGAAGAAUGUGAAGAUGAUAGUCCUCAUCUGUGUGGUUGUCUUCAUCAUCAUCCUCUUCAUCGUGCUCUUUGCCACUGGUGCCAUUCCUGUUUAGAGAGUCCCCUCCCACCCUGCCCUCUGGGGCAACCCUCCAUAGUUGAUGGCAAGGGGGCCCUCUCUCCCGCCCUCCUCCACAGGCAAUGCUGCUGGGUCCAGGCCUCCGGCUCCUUGCCUGAGGUCCCUCUGUACAUUGCCUGCCCCAGGGAGCACCUUGGUCCACUGGAAGGAGAGAGCUGGACUGUGGCUGCAUUUCAUGGGUCCUCAGAGUGGGUUGGAGAGACUCGGGGCCCAGUAUGUGGCUGGGAAACUCUUGGUGGCCUGAGGGUAAUAAAGACUUUUCAGUAUCCCUA